UACAAAUCUAACGCUUUUCUCCGGCCGUCCGGUCUAAGCAGCAGCGCGUGUUUUUAAUUAAAUAGUUUCUCCGUGCCGUGAGAACCCGAACUCGGAGAGCUGCAGCAAUAAAUACCAAUGUUUAAACUUAUUAAACAGAUUUAUUAUUAAAAUUUCGCUCCUCUUCCUUCCUCAGGGGAAAUGUGCGUGCGAGUGGGUGUGUCGAGCGAGUUUAAACUUUAGGAUGAGUUAAAGUUUGAUGAUGGCCGUGUGGACCCGCGCGGAGAAACAGGGUCAUCUGGACCUUCUGCUGAGCGACCGCUGGGUCCGGGUGUCAGCGGAGCUCACGCGGGACAACCUCACUCUCACGGCGGAGGGAGAACCGGGCGGGCCCGCGGGUUACCCGGAGCACAAUUCGCAUCUGAAAAACGGCGUUUCCAAUGGCAACGAACAGAACCGGGAUGUGUUUACGAAUCGCGUGCAAUACGACAACAGCCCGGGUCGCGUUAACGGGACCGGGUCGGACUCGGAGUCCAGCGGUUACUGUGACUCGGAGGGGGUACGCAGAGUUCGGAUAGUCAAGCAGGAGUCCGGCGGACUGGGGAUUAGCAUUAAAGGGGGACGGGAGAACCGUAUGCCUAUCCUAAUAUCAAAGAUCUUCCCCGGUUUAGCUGCGGAUCAGAGUCGAGCUCUGCGUGUGGGCGACGCGAUACUGUCCGUCAACGGCAGCGACCUCCGCGACGCUACGCACGACGCGGCGGUGCAGGCGCUGAAGAAGGCUGGGAAGGAGGUCACGCUGGAGGUGAAGUACAUCAGAGAAGUGUCUCCGCUCUUCAAGAAGUCCUCCAUGAGUGCAGAUUUGUCCUGGGAUGGCCGUCUGCAGUCUCCAAACCUCAGCAGCAGUGAUGAAUCCCCCAAGAGCAGCGUCAGCCGAGACAGAAAGGUCAUCCCGCUCAAAAUGAGCUUCAUCAGCCGAAACCUCACCAUGCCUGACCCGGAGAACAGGUUGUUGGAGCUUCACUCUCCGGACGGUCAGCACACGGUGGUGCUGCGCUGUAAAGACGGAGCCACUGCUCACUCCUGGUUCACUGCCAUUCACACCAACGUGGCGGCUCUUUUACCACAGACCCUGAGCUACAUCAACACCUUCCUGAACAACGCCAACACUCACUGCACUCUCAAACACAUCGGCUGGCUGGUGGAGCAGCUCGAUAUGGACGGCAGCCGGCAUCAGUACAAAAGAGUCAUCAUGGCACUUACAGAGAAAGAUAUCCUGCUCUUCCAGGCUGUACCAUGGACGUAUGAGAGCUGGACGACUCCUGUAUUAACACAUCCGCUCCUCGCCACACGGCUAGUUCACUCGGGCAGUGUGCGCAGUUCUCCAGCUCUGGGUGGAGAUCUGCUGUUCGCCACGCGCACCGGCACCGGGCGAGGGAUCGAGUCUCAUGUGUUCCGUGUGGAGACGCACUGGGAUCUGUCCACAUGGACACGAGCGCUGGUGCAGGGCGGACAUUCAGCUGCAGAGCUCAUCAAAGAGGUUUCCAUAGGCUGUGUGUUGAACAGGCAGAAUGUGCGUCUGAUCCUGCACUACGAGCGAGGAUUCACAGUGACGCGCGAGUCUGGCGAUUCUGUGCUCUUCCACUUCCCCUACGAGCGGCUCAAGAUGUCUGCCGACGACGGAGUCCGAAAUCUCUUCCUAGACUUCGGCGCUCCAGAAGGAGAGAUGGUGUUUGAGCUUCAUUCGGGACCAAAGCCUGUGGUGUUUGUGCUUCAUUCGUUCCUCUCAGCCAAACUGGCUCGAUUGGGGUUGCUGACGUAAAAAACACACACUCACACACACUCACACACACUCACACACACAGCAGAUGAUGGAGAUUUCCUUCACUCAUUCAUUCACAACUUCAGCAGUGUUUCACAGUUACACUUCUAACCAACACAGUGUGUAUGUGUGUUUAUUUGUGUGUCUGUUUGUUUGUGUAUAUGUUCGUAUGUGUGUUUGUGUGUCUUUCUAAACACAAUCUUACUGUCCUCAGAUCAGGGACACACCAGUCGUGCCUUCACAUCUAGAGCUUUUCACAUGUUUUUCAGGCUUAAAGCUUUGCUAAAUGAACAUUUAUUCUUGUAUUAUCUCAGUUUUUUUCACGUAGCUCACUUGUGUUUAUGUUUAUAAUGUGUAUUGCAUGGCAAAGACUGUUACAUAUGUGUGUUAUCAUCUUGAGUGAAUAUACAGUGUGUGUAUGUGAAUGUGGCAGUAACAUUAAGACUGCUGCAUAUGCGAAUAUGGAGAAAACAAAGCUUUAAGUGCAUUCCUGUAUGCGGCCGACCAAACAUAACCUCUCUGAGCUGUAAGUGUUUUGAAUAUGAUUGAUUUCAGGGUGGAUUCAACAAGCGUCUUGUGACAAAAAGGGCAUCAAUGCGAACAAAAGUGACACAUAAUCGACAACCAUGUAAGAGAUUUGUCUUAUAGACUCUAAAAUUAAAAUAAAAAAGGUGAUUUAGAGCAUUUUUUUUGCAAAAAAUAACAAAAAGGAAGCUUGUUUUUCAUAAUAGUUCAAAUAAAAUCCAUAUUUUGUGGACGAUCUGUGGUUUCCAGUCACAACAAAUGAAAACCAAUUGUUGUUUUCAGAUAAAAAGAAAAGAAAACUCAAUAUAACAACAUUUUGAUUAGAUAUUUGACUAAACAAUGCAUUUUUUAUUCAUAUGAUGCAAUAAAAAGUCAACUUCAUGCCCCGUAUGAUGUAUUUUUAGCAUUUAUAACCAUUAUUACAACAUCAAGAGCGCUGAUCAACCAAAUAAUAAUAGUAUCAUAAUAGUACAACCAUGUUAUAUAAUGAGUUCCUCCUUUAAAUGUAUCAUUUAUAUACAAUUGCAACAUGUUUGGUGUUGUUGGUAACCGUUUUUAUUAUAUUAAUCGAUUGAUUGCAUUGAAAUAUUUGACAAAACAGACAAAAAAAAAGUUCAUUUUUGGUCAAAAAAUGCAGAAACUGCCACUUAAUUGCUACUAAAGCUAAUUUCUGACCCUGAUUCAUUCACUUCUGAGAUGAUUUUCAAAUCAGUAUAAAUAUAGGAAGUUUUUUUACACACAUCAUAUUUCUCGUUUGACCAAACCAGCUCCAGGCCUUGAUGUUUUUAAAACAAACUAUUUCUAUUUUCAUUUGUUUUGCUGUAUAUUAACAUACUGCUGCUUAAUCAGCAUUAGAUCAGUAUCCCGUCACUUAAAUAAACUGCAAACAUCAGGAAAUUUUCUGAUUUCCAUGCCUGGAAAUGUGAAGGAAAUUAACGAAAUUGUGGACUAAUUAUUUCUGUAGUCCAUUGAACAUUUUCUAGCCUUUGUAAGUACAUUUAGUCAUAAAUAAUAACCAAUCUAAAGCCGUUUUGUUGAUGCACGGCUGUAAAAAGUGAUUUAAAUUCAUUGGUCCGAUUACUAGCACUGUUUGAUGCAUGGUUUGUCACUAAUCAUUUAUAGCUUCAGUAUAAUCUUUGUUAAUAUGUUAGCGUUGAAUCUAAUGCAUGAGCACAUUAUUUCACAUUGUAGGAUAGCAGAAGACUUUCACAGUAUUGAAGACAUUCCUUCAUUGCACAUUUUCGGCAGUAUGUCUUUUUAUAGGAACAGUAUAUGAAUGAGAUUGUACGAUCAAGCAUUCCUUCAUAACCACUGCACAAGCUUUACUGAUGCAAUAUCUAACCAUUAUUGAGAUGGGGAGGUUUACUUUAAAUACAGCAAAUGCACAUGCAGCCUCUGCUUUAAGUGCCCUUAAUCUUUUACACUCUACUGUACUUACCAAUACCGUAAUGUUUCAAAAAAAAGGAAAGUAUUACUGACCAGGAGAACUUGGUUUCUUCUGAAGCGUCCAAUAAGAGGACAGAUGACUCUUGGCUGUAAUUAGCGAUUGUUCUUGAGUUCGGGGUGUGUGAUAUUCAUCGUCAACGUUUUAAAUAAGUCAAUCACUAUAAAAAAAAAAGAACAAAAAAAACUAAACAAAAAUGAUUGUAAGUUAGGAGAUCCAGUAAUAUUUCCUGUAAUGAUUUGAUAAUAAUACGCAAGUAAGUGUAAUGUUUCACUGAAUAUCAUUGCCAUUUAUUGUUUUGACACUUCAGACAACAAUAUCAUCCUUUUUUUUUGUUCCGCUUAUUGAAUGUGUUCUAAACAAAACCAAAGUAGAAGAUUUUUGUCAAAACGGCACUGUUUGAUGGUUUGUUUUUGAAUGAAUCAAUUUCUGAAUGAAUCAUUUGAGUAACUGAAUCAGUGAUUCAUGGAAAACGAGUCACAUGCUUCAUUUCCAAAUAAAUCAGCUGUUUUGAAAAAGUGAAUGAACAAGUAAUUCAACAAAUGGCUCAUUAAAACAUGCUUUUGUUGCCACCUACUGGUGGUUUUAGUGUAACAUUUAUUUAUCUAAGACAGGCGUAAAACCAGCCACAAAACAUGCUCGUCAAAAUACUGUUUAAUCUUAACAAUAUUGAGAUUUUUUUUUUCAAAACAACACUGUUUUGUUCCCUAAUUAAUCAAUUUCUGAAUGAAUCAUUUGUGUAACUGAAUCAAUGAUUCAUUAAAAAACAGUUAAAUUCUUCAUUUCUAAACGGAUUGGCUAUUUUGAACAAGAGAAUGAACAAGUGAGUAAUUCAGCGAAUGGCUCGUUUAAACAGGCACUUGUUGACACAAACUGGUUGUUUUAGUCUCACAUUUAUUAAUCUAAAACAGGCAUUAAAUCAGCAACAAAAACAUGCACAUCAAAAUAUUGUUUAAUUCUGUUUAUCGAAAGAAAUCUAACUUUUUCGCUAAUUAAAAGUUCCAAUCAAAACCAAAGUAGAAAAUAUUUGUCAAAACAACAAUGCCAUUUUCCCCCCUAAAUGAAUAAAUUUCUGAAUAAAUCAUUGAAGUCACUGAAUCAAUGAUUCAUUUAAAAGACAGCCACAUGCUUUAUAGAUGAGUCAGCUGUUUUGAACAAAUCAUUUAAGUGAGUAAUUCAACAAAUGGCUCGUUUAGAUUGGCUCUUGUCGCCACCUACUGGUGAUUUUAAUGUCACAUUUAUCUAUGACAGACGUAAAACCAGCCACAAAAACAUGCACAACAACAUACUGUUUAAUCUAAACAACAUUGAGAUUUAUUUUUUCAAAACAACACUGUUGUUUAGUUUUCGAACGAAUCGGCUGUUUUGAACGAGUAAUUCAACAAAUGGCUCAUUUAGACAACCACCUAGAAAAUAUUUGUUAAACAACAAUGUGAUGUUUUGUUCCUGAAUGAAUCAAUUUCUGAAGGAAUCAUUUGAGUAAUUGAAUCAAAAAAACGAUCAAAAAGAGUCAUUUCUAAAUGAAUCAGCUAUUUCGAACAAACUGUUUAAGUGAGUAACUCAAAGAAUGGCUUAUUUUGAGUUAUUGAAUCCACAACAAAAACGAUCAAAAAACAGUCACAAGCUUCAUUUCUGAAUGAAUCAGCUGUUUUGAACAAAUCGUUUGAGUAAUUCAAUGAACGGCUUCUUUAAAUUGGCUCUUGUCACCACCUACUGGAGAUUCUAUUUUGCAUUUAUUUAUCCAAAACAGAUGUAAAACCAUCCACAAAAACAUGCACAACAAAAUAUUGUUUAAUUAUCAUUAUCAAAAGAAAUUGUAUUUUAUUUACGGUAAUAUCACACACCCCUGUCACACACACCAUGGUGGAUUUUAUGUUCAGUCACAUGAUUUCCAUUUAUGUUUCUGAUGAACCAAUGCAUUGUCUUAACUGUUUUAAAAACCCAUGAGUAGGUUAAAGAAUUGCACUUGUGAGUGAGAUUUGAGACCAAUGCUUCAGACGAUGAAUGUACUUUAUAAACCCAUGCCUCGUUUCCUUAUUCCUCCAGAGUUUUAUGUUUGAUUUGUCCUUUAUGUUGAGGAGAAAAAUGUUGGAACCAAAAUUCAUUCAUGGCAGCUUGCAGUUCACAAUCAAAUGCAAAUAUGCUCUUUUUUUUGUACGUGUAUUAUAACUUUUAAAGCCUGUAACCUGAAGCUAUGCAUUAUGUCUGUAUGUAAAUGCCAUAUACAGUAUAUAUAUAUAUUAAUAAAAAACAUGUUAAUUAAAUCAGC